AUGAGAAAAGAAAAGGAAAAAAUUAGAAAAAGGAGAGAAGAGGGAGAUGAGGAGACUUUGGACGAAAGCGUCGAUAAGGUGGUAGGCAGGCAAGACGACACAUUGACGGACAUCUCCCCUGAGUAUCGUCAACACUCCGAUCAAUAUCCAUCAAGUGCCCAAAGCAGAUGUAUCAGGAUCAUGGGGACGAAUCGUGUCCGAAGUCCGGAUGAAGGACAAACCGAGGACGAUGAUUUACGGGACCUCCUCGGCCGAACAACCGAUCAAGCUCACAUUACGGUGUGUUGGCUUCAUGGAAAAGAGCGGCUCGGCUGA